AUGGCCGUUACGCCUGAACAACAGCGGGAGUAUCUCCGCACAAAUCUCGAUUCAGAUUUCCUUUACUUGCUCGAAGAGCAUGGCGUGGACCUUGCUUUGCAAUAUCAGGUGGGCCAGCGUUAUAAAGCAAUCAAGACUUUCGCCGUCUUCGCAGACGACCGCAGUGCAGUCCGCGCAGCAAUCACGGCCGAUUUCAGCAUCAGGCCGGACACGGCAGCCGAUCGAGCAAGAAUCGCCUGCUUGGUCACCGCAUGGGAAGCCGCAAAGCUGAUCCGCGAAGAAGAAGCCAAGCUCAAGGCAGAGGCCAAAGUGCUAGGCAUGCAGAAGCCGCUGGCAUCGUCAGACCGUGCAGCGAUGAGGAUUGCACUUGAAUCCGUGAAGGGUUAUGCUGUUUCAGAAUCUGAGGAACCUGCGGCUGAGUAUUUGGCCCACAAGCUGGAGCAAAUCGAAAACGGGGAGCCGACUGGGUCCUACUUGGAUGAGGUCAUUUCUCGCAAAGAGGCUGGGGCACUUCAGUUGCAGACCUCCUUGGAUAACCAGGGCCGGCUUCGGAUUACUCGUCAGAAGCCCAAGGGCAAGCUUCCUCAAUCCACCGAGGAGCUCCGAGCUAAGAUCCGUUUGGAGGCAGCUACCUGGAUCAUGCUUUUAGCCAAGUGUAAGGGGCGUGUCUAUCUUCGUGGUCUGGAGUUGAGCAGCUUCGACCGAUACUUGGAGUACUUGCUGGGGGAUCGAUCGCCGUACCUUGCCAGUCCCUUGGAGUAUGAAGUUUUCAUCUACAGCCGGGGGGGGGACCG